AUGUUGGAAGGACUCGUGGCCUCGCUGCUGAAUCGAUUUCUGGGCAUGUACAUCAGAAACUUCGACCCCAAGCAACUGAACGUCGGGAUCUGGUCGGGCGACGUCAAGCUGCGGAACCUCGAGCUUCGACGAGAAGCACUGGACCAGCUGAAGCUGCCUAUCAAUGUCGUCGAGGGCCAUCUGGGACAGCUCACGCUCAAGAUACCGUGGUCGAAUCUGCGAGGGUCGCCGGUGCAGGUGUACAUCGAGAAUGUGUACGUGCUGGCAGCGCCCAAGGAGGAUGCGGAGUGGGACGAGGAGGAGGAGGAGCGGAGAACGCAGGCUGUCAAGAUUGAGAAGCUGGAAAGUGCCGAGAUGCUAAAGGACCGUAACCAGGAAGGCAUGAGCCAGGAGGAACAGCAGAAGAGCCAGAGCUUUACGGAUAGUCUGGUUACAAAGAUUGUCGACAAUCUGCAAAUCACGGUCAAGAACAUCCAUGUUCGGUACGAGGACUCGAUAUCAGCACCUGGACACCCCUUUGCUCUUGGAGUAACGCUUCAGGAGUUCAGCGCGAUUAGUACGGAUGGGAACUGGAAGCCUACAUACAUACAAGACACUGUUGGAGCUACUCAUAAGCUCGCCACCCUUGGUGCUCUAGCGGUGUAUUGGAAUACGGAUACCCUUCUGAUGGGGACUGGUAGAGAGGCUGAAGUUCUUGAUGCGGAGGUCCUACCUCACGACAAAUUGCUAGAGAAAUUCAAGGAAAUGAUUGUCAGAGGGGAGGACCGAGAGACAAGCAGCCAUCAAUUCAUCCUCAAACCCGUCAGUGGGCAAGCGAAGAUCGAAAUGGACAAGUCUGGAAAAUCCGACAGGCCUCAUAUCAAGGCUGGAUUGAUCUUCGAUGAAAUCGGACUUGUCUUGGAUGACGCUCAAUACCGGGAUGCGUUGAUGAUGGUGGAUCUGUUCCAUUACUUCAUCCGCCAUCAAGAGUACAAGAAACUCCAGCCCAAGGGUGUCACGCCAAAGCAAGAUCCACGAGCGUGGCUUCAAUUCGCUGGCAACGCUAUCUUGAGUAAAAUUCAUGAUCGGAAUCGCCGGUGGUCCUGGGCUUUCUUCAAAGAGAGAAGAGACGACAGAAUUCGCUACAUUGAGCUUUUCAAGAAGAAGAAAAAGGCUGAGCCCCCUUUGACACCAGAGGAAGUAACUGACCUAGAAAAACUUGAGUGGAAGUUGAAUUAUGAAGAUAUGCGUUUCUGGAGGUCACUGGCGGCGACUCAGCUUAAGAAAGAGAACGUUGGUGUAAAGAAAUCACAAACCGCCAAGAAAAACCAGGGAUGGGUUGCUUGGGCCUGGGGUUCGAAGCCCCAGGAAGAGGAGGAGGACCCCGAGACCAGCAUGUCCGAGGAGCAACGCAAAGAGCUGUACGAUGCUAUUGAUUGGGAUGAGAAGACCGCCCUCGCUGAAAGCGUCGACUUGCCGAAAGACUCAGUGAAGAUGCAGAUUGAUGCAUCGCUCAAUACUGGAAGUUUCACACUGAAGCGUGAUCCACACGAUGAUGUGGUCGAGGUUCUUAGUCUGUUUUUUGAUGGUUUCCGGGCCAAGUUUCUUCAGCGACCAGAAUCGUUCCUGGCUGACGUUAGCCUGAAUGGUUUGCGGGUCAAUGAUGGCACUACCCCUGACAGCUUGUUCACUCAGAUCGUGCGUGUCAAGGAUGCGCCGGAUACACCGACGCAAAAGCUACAGAUUGAUAGCGGAGACAUCGCCGAGGAGUCCGUGGACCCUUUCUUCCAGUUCCAGUUCGAGACGAAUCCUCUAGACGGCGCAAGUGAUCUCGCGCUCACUGGAAAGUUGAAGCCACUCGAAAUCAUCUGGAAUCCCCUGUUCUUGGUUGGGAUAAUCGAAUUCUUCAAGCCCCCCGAGAGACACAUGGAAUCUAUUGGAGCGCUCAUGGAGAGUGCUGGGGCUACCGUCGAAAGUCUUCGACAACAAACUAGAGCUGGACUCGAAUUCGCGCUGGAGGAGCAUAAGACCCUGAACGCCAAGUUGGAUCUCCAAGCACCUUUAAUAAUUGUGCCUGAGAGCAUCACGACUAAGAGUACCAUGUGUUUGAUUCUGGAUGCUGGUCAUAUCAGUAUGAACAGUCAGCUUGUUGACCCUGAGAAAAUGAAGGAGGUCCAGGCAAAGCAGAGGCAGUCGUACACCGACGAGGACUUCAAGAGAUUGGAGUCUCUCAUGUAUGACAAGUUCCUGGUCAAGUUGUCGUCCACUCAGGUCCUGAUCGGGCCUUCGAUUGAGGAAACCAAGGCUCAGCUCGACAACAGAGACGAGUCUAAAUCGAUGCAUAUUGUCGAACAGAUCAACAUUGACUUCAUGGUCGAAACUUCCAUUAUGCCCAAAGCUCCUAAUUUGGCAAAAGUUCGUAUCUCUGGUAAUCUUCCGGUACUGCAUGUUGCUGUAUCAGACAAGAAGUACAAGAGCUUAAUGCGUAUCAUUGAUGUUGCUAUUCCAAAUUUAGACGAAGAGGAAGCAACGCCCGCACAAAAGUCAGUGACAAAGACUGGAUCUAGCCAGCGGCCUCGUGCUCAAAGCACGGCCGCUUAUACUGAUAAAGUGAAGAAUCGCAAGUCGACUUCAUCCUUCGAUUUUUCAACCCAAGAAGCUGUCAUCCUCCAAGAUGAUACCGAUUCUGACAAGGAGGAUCCGUUCCAGGACGCUGAGAACGGAAAUGCUAGCGACAAGCUUAUGGUUCAGCAACACAACUUUGAGCUCAAGUUCGAGGUCGAGCGGCUCCAAGGCUCUCUUUACAGAAGCGAUCCAGAAGGGAAAAAGCCAGACCAGCUUCUGGUGGAGCUGGUUGCCGAAAAUUUUGGCCUAAAUCUGGUUGUGCGACCAUAUGAUCUGAUUAUCGACACAUCACUCAAAUCUGUGGUCAUUGACGACUACGUAGAGAAUCCUUCUGCGGAGUUCAAGUCCAUCGUAUCUUCAGGGGAUGCUGACGAGGCUUCUGACGACCACAAGGACCUGAUCCAAGUCAAGAUCAUCAAAGUUAGGCCCGAUUCACCUGAAUUCAUGCCGAAGUAUGAAGGAAUCGAGAUAAACAUUGAUGUUGCAAUCUCUACAAUCAACCUAAUCGUCACCCGCAAAACCUUAUUGACUUUGCUCGAUUUCAUCUUGAUCACGUUUGCCGAUGGCAACGAUCCUCCAGCUUCAGAUGAUCCUCAGAAACAAAUCAUGGACUCUGAGAACGAUGAAGACAUAGCAGUUACUGCUCCUGAGGCAAAGCCAGAUGCUGGGUCUGUAAGAAUCAAGGUGGAUCUAAAGAGCAUUGUGCUCAUUCUCAACAACGACGGCAUUCGCCUCGCUACUCUGACUCUUAGUGCUGCUGAUGUUGGCAUCUUUGUGAUGACCAAGACCUUACGAAUCGCUGCCAAGCUUGGAGAUCUUUCACUCCUGGACGACAUCAAUCAAGGCGCAUCCUCAGAUUCCAACCUUCGGCAGCUGAUUACGAUUCAAGGCGAUGAUCUGGCAGACUUCCGCUACGAGACCUUUGAUCCUGACAGCGGAGACGCAUAUCCCGGCUACGACUCGUCGAUUUUCCUCCGAGCUGGAUCCAUCAAGCUGAACUUCUUGGAAGAACCAUUCCGAAAGAUCAUUGACUUCUUGGUCAAGUUUGGGAAGAUGCAGGCUAUCUUCAACGCUGCCAGACAAGCCGCAGCAAACCAAGCAAAUCAACUCCAACAGAAUGCGAGCCGUAUCAAGUUUGAUAUCAAUGUCCAAACGCCCAUCGUAGUUUUCCCCCGAGUAAUGAUGGCUGAUAAACCAAAACGAGACUUACUCACAGCAUAUCUGGGAGAGAUUUACGUGGAGAACAAAUUCGUUCCACUAGAUGAUUCCAAGGAUGCUAUUAUUGCGAUGAAGCUUUCAGCAGGGAUCAGGAAUGUUCGACUGACCUCUGACUUCCACUACUCGGAGGACCGAGCUGAAGAGCUGGAGCUCAUUGACAAGGUAGAUAUUGGUUUUCAGAUUACCUACGCUGAGCAUGUCGAGGGUAUCAAGAGGCCUGAUACAGAGAUCGAAGGUAGCAUGACAGACUUCAACCUUCACAUUACCCAAAACCAGCUCAAGUUCUUGUUGGAGCUCGCCAGAUCCGUCCCGGCGGCAUUCGCAAUCGAUGCAGAUGAGGACGAGCAGUCGGCUAUCGAGGAUGUGCCUAAAGCUACCUUGAAGAAGGCCAAGUCGAUUGAGCCCAGGGCCAACGACGGAUCACAGGAGUCGGAAAAUUUGCUCGCUAGCCUCGGACCGGAACUGGGUGUCGAUUCAAGAAGUUGGACCCAACUUGACCUUGCGUUUCACGUCCAUACAAUCGGGCUGGAGCUUAUCCUGGCAAAAGACGAUGAGCCUGUCAGAGACCUCGAGGCAUCAAGUCUAUCCAAAUUCUCUCUGGAUGAUACGAAAGUGAAGCUGCGUAUGAUGACCGAUGGCUCUUUGGAGUCCGAGCUAUUGAUUCAGUCUUUUACGAUACAGGACAGCAGGACCAAGUCAACUAAUAAGUUCCGCAAGAUCAUGACCUCCUCUAACAAGGAUGUUCAACAGUUCAUGGCAAGCGUUACUAUUUCUGGUGGAAAAGAGCGUAACCUCAUCGCCAUCGUGGCAGUUGAUAGUCCUCGUGUCAUAUUCGCACUAGACUACCUCUUCGCGAUCCAGAAGUUCGUCGCAGAAGGGUUGGUAGUCGAAGAGUCGCCGAUUCAAGAUGAUGAAAGCAUGACUGAGUUGCAGGAUGACACAGACAAUGAAUCGACUAUGGUGGGAUCCAGACCAACACUUGCACGUACUAAAUCCACAAAAUCACUUGCGAAGACUUCAAGUCAAGCUUCCUCUCAGGCAGGCGAAUCCUCAAUGACAAUUGCCUUCAGAAUCAAUGUCGUUGACGCUCAGCUCAUCUUGAUCGCAAACCCGUUGAGCUCGAACUCAGAAGCUAUUGUCCUUGGUACUAAGCAGAUCAUCAUGUCUCAGCAGCAUGCUCUGACUCUGCAAGUCUCUAAGAUGGGGAUGUUCUUGUGUCGGAUGGAUCGUUUCGAGGAUUCUCGCCUGCGAAUUCUGGAUGACUUUUCCCUCUCACUGUCAAUGGACAGCUCGAAGGAAAAUUUGUCAAGCAUUCAUAUCGAUGUCGAGCCGCUGGUGCUACGCUUAUCGCUUCGAGAUAUUCUUCUGGCCACCCAGAUCGUGAGUAAGGCCUCCGAGCUAUCAGGUAAUGAUGAUCAAGAAGAAAAUAAGCAGUCUGCUUCGGACGAGAAGUCGAGGCAGCUCAAGGGUUCCGGUGAUGGGUCUUUGAAGCGGAGAUCUGCUAGCGGGAAGGGGGCAUCGACAAUGGCAAAGAAGAGUAAAGCUGCCACUGUUGCGCCUACCAAGCAAACGCAGUCCUCGGUCAAGCGACUGAUCACGAAGCACGAGGAACUAAGUGCUACUCUGGAGGGCAUGAGAGUCAUCUUGAUCGGUGAUCUUCAUGAGUUACCCAUUCUGGACCUCAGCGUCAAAGGCUUCACAGCCACGGCAGCUGACUGGACGAGCAAUUUAUCUGCAGAAACGAGCAUUGAUAUGUUUAUCAACGUCUACAACUUCUCCAAAUCGUCUUGGGAACCUCUUAUCGAGCCGUGGCAGUUGGGCUUGCAAAUCUCGAAGGAAUUCGGGACGAACCACAUGGCGAUCGAUCUCACCUCGCGGAAGGCGCUUGAGCUAACCGUCACAUCCGCAACCAUUGCUCUUGCUUCCAAAUCCGCCCAAUUCUUGACUGCAAAAGAAGAUGUGCUUUCUAAGCCUCGCGGGGCAGAGGCGCCUUACAGAAUUCGGAACUACACUGGAUUCGAUAUCAACGUAUGGGCAGACGUACCAGGAGAAGAAAAUUCGAUGGCAGCCAAAUUGGAAGAUGGCGAAGAGGGACCAUGGCGUUUCGAAGAUUGGGAAAAAAUGCGCGAGAAUCUUUCGCCAGAAAAUAACACCGGCAUUGUUGGUCUGAGACUCGAGGGCAGUGGGUUCGACAGCGUCAACAAGAUUCCUGUCAAUCGGGAGGGCGAGUAUCUAUACAGCCUUCGACCACGCAGGGAUGAAAUUCUCCAUCGUCUAUUAGUGGAAAUCACACUCGGUGCCGACAAUGUCAAAUACAUUACCUUUCGCUCGCCACUCUUAGUCGAGAACAAGACUCAGAUCCCGGUCGAAUUGGGCGUCUUUGACGCACAAGAAGGCCACCUACUGAAAAUCGAGAAGAUCGCGCCCGGAGAAAGCCGCCCAGCUCCCGUGGGCGCAGCUUACUUGAAGUCGUUGUUAGUACGACCCGAUCAGGGGUUUGGCUAUUCAUGGUCUACAGAAUCACUUUGGUGGAAGGAACUUCUUAAACGGCCAACGCGAACAAUGAUCUGUAAGGGGGAGCAAGAUAAAAGCUCUCCGCCGUUCUACUUUCAAAUGCAUGCGACUAUGGAUAAGACAGAUCCGCUUACAAGUGUUUACCCAUACAUGCGGAUCCGUCUAUCUGCGCCCGUUGAAUUGGAGAACCUUCUGCCCUAUGAUUUCAAAUACCGUAUCUACGACAAGAAUACUAAGAAAGACUGGACGAAUUUCCUUCGUAAAGGAGGUCUUAGUCCAGUGCAUGUCGUCGAGCUCUCCCACCUGCUCCUGUUGAGUGUUGACAUGCAAGACACCGUCUUUAAGGCUAGCGAGUUUGCGAUUAUCAACUCGAAUAAUCAAGAGGACUUUAGAAAGGAGACGACAUUGGUGUGCAAAGACAACGACAACCUGGCUUUGAAUCUCCGACUACAUUAUUUCAAGAUACCCGACAGCGGUGGUGCUUUCAGAGUGACUGUAUACAGUCCAUAUGUUAUUCUGAACAAGACCGGUUUGAGUAUCAACAUAAAGGCGAAGUCACUUCUCCAACAGGCUAAGACAGCUGCUGGCCAAGGCUUUAAUACCAAUUCUGCUAAUCAGCAACAACGGAAAGCGCUUCCUUACAUGUUUGCAUUCGGGGGAGACGAUCAACGCAAUCGUGUUCUUCUCAAGGUCGGAGACUCCUCGUGGAGUAAACCGCAGAGUUUCGACGCAAUCGGAUCUACUGUUGAUGUUGUCUUGCCUUCCGCGACGAAGAACACCGAGAUACAUGUGGGCAUUACGAUCGAGUCUGGAGAGGGCAAAUACAAAAUGACUAAAGUUGUCACUUUGGCCCCGAGAUUUGUGCUCAAGAACCAAUUGACUGAAGAGAUCAAUGUUCGAACGCCGGGCUCUUCUGAGCUCAUGACUAUCAAGCCUAAUGAAUUGCAGCCACUGCACUUCCUGACGAAGACAUCACUGAAACAGUUGUCUCUAUGUUUUCCUGGGGUCAACAACCAGUGGUCAUCUCCGUUCAAUAUCUCGGACCUUGGCACCACUCACGUAAAGCUUGCCAAGGUUGGCCAACGACAAAAGCUUAUUCGCAUCGAGGUUCUCAUGGAGAAUGCCACGUUAUUCCUGCAUCUAAGUGCCGAGACGAAGCAUUGGCCUUUCUCCAUGCGAAACGAAAGUGAUACGGAAUUCAUGUUCUUCCAAGCAAAUCCAAACAUUGAUGAUGAGGAGACUGAGGACCGGUCUGGCUGGCGCCCAAUUCGCUACCGCUUGCCGCCUAGAAGUAUUAUGCCAUAUGCCUGGGACUACCCGGCCGCCAAACACAAGGAGCUCAUUAUCAAUGCCAAUGGAAGAGAAAGACACAUCAAGCUUGCUGAGAUUGGUAACCUGAUACCGAUGAAGAUAAAUCCUCCGCCAAACGCAGCUGGCGGUGUAGGAACGAAGAUCAUCGAUCUCAACGUGGCAGCAGAUGGUCCUACUCAGACUUUGAUUCUGUCGAACUACAAAGCCUCCAAGAGUUUGUACAAGCAGAAAUCUCGCUCCGAGUCAUCCACUAGCGUGGCUGGAGGCUUUGAGGUCAAGGACCAAGACACAGGUGUGACCUUCAAAGCGCAGCUUAAGCUGGCUGGAAUUGGGGUCUCACUGGUCAAUGCUCAGUUGAAGGAGCUGGCGUAUGUUACAUUUCGAGAUAUAUCCUUCAAGUACGCCGAAUCGCCACUCUUCCAGACCAUCACGGCGGGUGUAAAAUGGAUACAGAUUGAUAAUCAACUUUAUGGUGGAAUAUUCCCCAUGAUCUUGUAUCCUAGUGUGGUCCCGAAGAAUACCAAGGAGACCGAGUCUCACCCUUCGGUGCAUAUCAUGGUCACCCGGGUCAAGGACGACUCAUAUGGUGUGUUAUAUAUCAAAUACGCGACGAUCUUAUUGCAACAGAUGACUCUCGAAAUCGACGAAGAUUUUGUGUAUGCAUUGCUGGAGUUCUCCAAGGUGCCUGGUGCGACAUGGUCAGAGACACACGAGGGUGUGCUCUGUGAUGAGAGCCUGGAUAUCCCAGAACCGACUCAAGAUCAGUCGGGCCAGGACAUGUAUUUCGAGCUGCUAAACAUCCAGCCUAUGCAGCUGGAUCUAUCUUUCGUUAGAACUGAUCGAGUCAAUGUGGAGGAUAAGACAUCGUCAAGAAAUCCUCUGAUGUUCUUCUUGAACGUUCUGACGAUGGCGAUCGGUAACAUCAAUGAUGCUCCUGUUCGAAUGAACGCUCUCAUGUUGGAGAAUGCAAGAAUGUCUUCGUCCGUCCUUCUGCAGAACGUCUCAAAUCACUACUCGCAAGAAGCACUUUACCAGGUUCAUAAGAUCCUUGGCUCGGCUGAUUUCCUUGGAAACCCAGUCGGUCUCUUCAACAAUUUGAGCUCUGGAGUAGCAGACAUCUUCUAUGAGCCAUACCAAGGAUUCAUCAUGUCUGACCGACCUGAGCAACUUGGAAUUGGCAUUGCAAAAGGUGCCACCAGUUUCGUCAAGAAGUCAGUCUUUGGUGUUUCCGACAGUUUCUCGAAGGUCACCGGUAGCAUUGCAAAGGGUCUAGCCGAAGCUACAAUGGACAAGCAGUUCCAAGAUCGCCGUCGUAUGACUAGAUCGCGCAAUCGUCCCAAACAUGCACUCUAUGGUGUCACUGCCGGAGCUAAUUCCUUCGUAAGCAGUCUUGCCAGCGGUGUUGGAGGUCUUGCACGGAAGCCUCUCGAAGGCGCCGAGCAAGAAGGCAUCACAGGGUUCUUCAAGGGCGUCGGAAAAGGCGCUCUCGGCUUUGUCACCAAGCCCGCCAUUGGGGUCUUUGAUCUAGCUUCGAACGUCAGCGAGGGCAUCCGCAACACGACCACUGUUUUCGACGGCGAUGGCCUUGACCGCGUUCGCCUCACCCGCUUCAUCGGCAACGACGGCAUCGUGCGGCCUUACUCGCAACGCGAAGCACUCGGUCAGUUCUGGCUCAAGCAGCUCGACAACGGCAAGUACUUUAACGAGAUGUACAUUGCGCACUUGGAACUUCCGCGCGAAGAUGUGGUGGUUAUGUUGACGUAUAGCCGUAUCAUGCUUAUCAAGAGCAAGAAGCUGACGAGCGAGUGGGUUGUUCCGCUGAAGGAUAUUCAAACUAUUAGUAAAGAGCGUACAGGCCUGAGUUUGACGCUGAGGGGGGGGACGAAUGGGCCUUUCGUUCCGGUUGCCGAGGAGAGUAGUAGGAAUUUCUUGUAUAAAAAGAUUGGAGUUGCGGUGGGGGAGUUCAAUAAGAAGUAUAAGGCGAUGGAGUAG